AUGGAUAGUGAUAAAAUAGAAAAGUUAUACAUUCAGUAUGAAAUAUUAGCAGAAUCUAAAGAUCCCAGCCAACAUGAAGAAGUGUACCGAACAAUCUUGGCAUCAACUCAAGGUAAUGCUAAAGAGAAAAAGUUGGUAUGUCAGUUUAUCCCAAAAUUUUUCCCACAUUAUCCACAACUUGCAAAAAUGGCUCUUGAAGCUUACUUUGAUUUAUGUGAAGAUAAUGAUGUUGCUAUAAGGAAAGAAGCCAUCAAAGGCUUGCCGCAGUUGUGUCGCGAAUUAAAACAGUAUACCAAACGUAUUGCUGAUAUUUUGGCACAGUUACUUCAAGCGACUGAUUCAGGUGAGGUUUCAAUUGUAAGAGAAUCUUUGAUCACUGUUAUUAAGUCGGAUCCUGUGUCAGCUCUAAAAGGUAUAUUUAACCAAAUUAAAAAUGGUGAUGAUAAAGUAAGAGAAAAAACUAUAAAAUUCUUAGCUACAAGGGUCAGACGUCUUCCUUCCAGUACUUUCUCUCCAGAAGUUCAAGAUGUUUUCAUUGCAGAAAUUAAAGAAACUUUUCAAGACGCAACAUCUGAAGAAAUUCCUUUACUAUUUGGAAUGCUGCUCUGGACCAGACUAGAAGUUUUACCUAAAUUCACAUCUAUUACUGGUGCCAAGGAUGGUUCUGGGUGUGCUAUAGCAUUACUGAAAUUAUUAGCAGAAGUAGCAACAUAUUCAAAAGACUUAAAAGAUAUUGAUGAUUUAAUAGACGAGGUGUUUACUAUCUUGACUGAGUUUCUACCUUGUCCAUCUGAAGAUGAACAAGAUGUUUAUAAGAGGCUACAAUUUUCUUCUGUGGAAUGCCUUCUAUACACAAUGCACCAUAUGAUGCGUUCAUCUCCUUAUUUCUCUGAUAAGACUGACAAGUUGAAGGAUUUUAGAAUAAGACUUUUAUAUUUCUUUAGAGCUUCACAAGCCUAUGUCAAAACAUUAGAAGAUGUACUUAAAAAGAAGAAAAAGGAUGAAGAGGAUAGGGUUAAAGUAGUAGCGUUAAAAACCAUUUCAAACAUCAAUAUAUUGAUCAAAGACUUUUUCCACAAUCCCCCGAGUCAAAAAUCUUCAAUAGUAUUAUCUUGGCUCUCAACUGAAAAUUUCCCUGCCAAGAGAAAAGCCACAUCAGCUAAUAGGGCCGAGAAGACAUUAAAAGGAGACGAUGGACAACACACAUAUCAACCUCCAAUAGGAAAAUACAGUCAGAACCUAUGGCCUAACUUGCGCCUAUCCCGAUUUGACAAAUGGGCCUUCAAGAACUAA